AUGAAAUUGUCCUUUUCAACUCCUUGUUGUCGUUUUACAGUGUUUUGCUCUGCUUUUGCUCAUGUAUGGCGUUUUACAUGCUUGUCUCAUCACUGGGUCUUUUCUAUAUCUUCUGUAUUUGCUUUCUCGCAAUCACUUGCCCCCAUUCCCGCACCUUUCCAUUUCUACGGGCUUAGUGUAGAUCCAGCAUUCAACGUUACUUGCUUGCCUUCUAUCUUGACGACCUCUGCUGCACAACUCCCUGCCGAUGUGCUUAUGACUACGCCGACGGUUGCAUUACUUAGUUGA